AUGAUAAAACAAGAUCCUAUUACUAUUAGUUGGAGACCAUGUAAAGAUGAUGAUGAAAAUAAACUUAUUGGCUACAUUUUUGGAAAACAUGAUGCUUCAAGAAAUGUUUGGCAACGUACUGCAUAUAAUAUAUUUACGUAUACAACUACUGGAUUUACUGGAAAUGUUGCACAUCGUUUUCACAAUGGUUAUGUCAAUGUUGAUAUAUGUCAAUUUACAAUAAAAUAUUUACUUGAUGAAAGUUCUUAUUUAAUAGAAGCAUAUUGUAAUAAUUCUGAAGAUAAAUCAUUAAAAUUAGAAUAA